AAUGAGACUUUUGUCUCAUGCAUUACAUCCCUAUGCACUAAAUGGUACUUUCCAUAAUCUCGCGGACGCUUGAAUCCGGUCACUCUAUUUCUCUGAAAAUGCCUCUUAGAAUUGCAGUUGUGUGCUCAAGUAAUCAGAACAGGAGUAUGGAAGCCCAUGCCAUACUAAGCAAGAAAGGCUUCAAUGUGAAGUCCUAUGGAACUGGUGCGACGGUAAAGCUGCCUGGUCCUGCACAAGACAAGCCCAACAUCUACGACUUCAAGACCACCUAUGAAGAGAUGUAUCAGGACCUGAAACGCAAGGACCGUGAUCUAUAUACACAGAAUGGUAUUCUUCAUAUGCUAGAUAGGAACCGAAGAAUAAAGUCAAAGCCAGAGAGGUUUCAGAAUUCUAAGGAUAAAUUUGAUGUCGUUCUCACUGCAGAAGAGAGAGUCUAUGAUCAAGUUUUGGAGGAUUUUGAGAGCAAGGAAGAAGAAACCCAAAUCCCAGUUCAUAUCAUCAACAUUGACAUUCAAGAUAACCAUGAAGAGGCAACGAUAGGUGCAUUUAGGAUGAGCAACUUGUGCAUAAAGCUUGAGGCGCUUCGAGAUCUUGACAAGGAAAUCGAUGAAUUAAUCCAAUUGUUUGAAGAGGAGCUUAACAUCAGUGUGCUUCAUACCUUGUGUUUCUACUGAUGUUGGUCGUCCUUGGUCUUUCCUCAAAGGCCACUCUUCAAAAGACUAAAACCUAUCUCAUAAGGUCCAGGAGCAGACUGACCUUGGCAGAAAGAAGGCACUGGUAAUAAUGCCUGUUUUUUAUAUAGCGCCUUUUCGAUAGAGUGCUAAAUCAAAACAUGUGAAAGAGUAUUUUCCGCUGGUUCAGUGGAUUCAGUUACGAUUCUGCACUUGUAGUGCACAUUCUCCACUCCAUAUGGGGGCAGUCCAGCCCGGCAGCCAUUUUAAAGGAGGACAUGCACUAUUACAGCCAAAGUGGUAUUGGUACCCCACCAGGUACAUGUACUCAUUGAACAUGUGGAUGGAGAGAAGCAAAGUGAAUACCAGUACAGUCAAACCUGUUUAUUAAGGCCGCCCAAGGAAACACAAAAAUGGCCACUGUAGACAGGUGGCCUUUACAAAGAGGUUCUUCAACACACAUUUCCUUUUUGAGAGAGGCAAUCUGAUGGGCCUCUAUAUACAGGUGGCUUUUGUAAAGAGGUGGCUGCUUAGGCUGGUUGAAAGAUUUGAAUGGACUAUCUGUGCAGUGAAUUGGAAGACAUCACCUUACCACAUGUAGCGCUGGAUCCUAGUCAAUUUACUCGGAAAAGCAGGACAGUUUAAUUAAAAUUUGUUUGAAA